AUGAUCGAGAAUAACGCUUUUGAUAAUAAAAAUAGACAACGUGAAAUUGCAUCUAACCAUUCAGAUUUAAGCCAAAGUUUCUCUUCAAGCAUUUCUGAAUUGAAUUUGUUGAAUCUCCCAAUAUUUUUUAAGACAACAGGAGGAAUUCCUAAGCCAACUCUUGUUGAUCCAAGGAGAUGGACCGUUUCUGAACACAAACAGAUAAGUUGAAACUGUCAAUCGAAUUCUGAUUGUGAAAAUCAGAAAUGAAGAAAACCUAUCUAUGAGGGAGUGCCGUUGAACUCAUUGAAAAUCGAGAAGUAUAAUAGUCCUCAAGUUGAGCAAGCCCCAAUAGAUGCUAAAUAUGAUGCCUUCUCGCCAGAUUUUGAAAAGUCAGGGUUAAUCAAUACAAAAGAAGAGCAAAAAUUGCCAAUGAAUACCUGAACUACUCACAAGACAGAAGACAAAAAUAUAGGAAUGAUGGAUUUCUUAGAUGAAAGUCCACAAAAUAGCACUGAUACAAUUCUUGAAAGAUACAAUCACAUUGUUUCAUAUAGGAAGACCAAUAUUACUAAUCGUAAAUGCAAGAUUCUCCAAUGCGCUUAUGGAAAUUGAACCAGAACGUUUAGAAAAACAUGGAACUUCAUUGAUCAUGCAAGGAUGCACCUAGGAGAAAGACCAUAUCAAUGCAAGACUUGUGGCAAGAGGUUUACACAAGUUGGCAAUCUCUUGAAGCAUAAGGAGCUUCAUACAAACUAAAAUUACCUUAUAAU